AUGCCGUUCCCGUUUGAUGCCGUCUCUGGCGUUGCCGUGGAACUGGCGCCGAUGAGUGUUGUUUACGGCGGCUUCUCGGCCUGUAAUAUCAACGCGGUCACGAAAUCCGGACGCAACGAGUUGUUUGGCUCGGUGUUUAUUGAUUUCACCGGUGAUUCGUUCCAGGGUGAUUCGCUGGAAGGUGACAAUCUGGCGGUCGCCGACUACGACGAGACCCGCUACGGUUUCGAACUCGGUGGCGCGUUUAUUCAGGAUAAGCUGUUCUUCUACGCGGCUUACGAGCGCUACGAUGGCGUCGAUUUCAACAACCGCGGUGCUCAGGGCAGUGGCGCGGUAAACGAAGUUUUGGUCUCGCAAGCCGAGUUGGACGAAAUCGCCCAGAUUUCCCGUGACGUUUACGGAUUCGAUCCCGGCACGAGUACACCAGGUACGUUCGACUUCGAAGACGAAAAGUACAUUGCGAAGCUGGAUUGGUAUGCCUCGGACACCCAGCGUGUUUCUGUGACGCACAUGUAUAACGAUUCGUUCAAUGCCACCGAGUCUGACGGUGAGGCGGUCGAGUUCGAGUUUUCGGACCAUCUGUACAACCGCGGUGCCGAGCUGUCCUCUUCAAUCAUCAGCCUGUACUCCGAUUGGACACCGGACUUCUCGACCGAACUUCGAAUUUCCCGCAGUGAUGUGGACUUCCUGCAGCAGCCGCGUGCCGGCAACGAUUUCGGCGAAAUCCGGGUCGAGCUGGAUGACGUCGACGUGUAUCUAGGCGGUGACGACAGCCGACAUGCCAAUGGUCUGAAUUAUACGGUCGAUCAGCUUGUGGCUCGUGGUCGCUAUCAGUACGAGGACCACACCAUCACGUUCGGGGUUGAGCGCGAAGCGUACGAUAUUUUCAACCUGUUCUAUCAGCACGUGGAUACAGAGAUUCGAUUUGGCGGUGCUGAUAGCGCUGAAGCUAUUGAGAACUUCCGCAAUGGCCUGGCGGACCGCGUUUAUUACGGCAAUGCGAUCAGCAAUAACGAGGCCGAUAUUGCUGAAUCGUUCGAGUACGCCAUCAACUACUUCUUUGUUCAGGAUGAGUGGCAGCUUAGCGAUCGUCUUGCGGUAACCUACGGUUUACGCUAUGACCAUUACACGACCGAUGAUGCGCCGAACCUGAACCCGGAUUUUCAGGCCAGCUACGGCUUUGGCAACAACGAAACACUGGAUGGCAGAGACUUGUUGCAACCGCGUUUCGGCGUCAGUUUCGACUACUCGGAUACCUUAAGUUUCCGUGGCGGUGUUGGCUUGUUCUCUGGCGGUAAUCCGAACGUUUGGUUGUCGAAUACGUAUAGCAACACGUCCACCACAGCCGUUCAGGCCCGUAUCGACGCCGGUGUACCGGUGCAAGGCCCGGGGUACUGUGUGCCGCAGAAUAUCGCGGAUGUCGUCGCAGCCGGCGAUGGCAGCAACUUCGAGAUCAACUUCCUGGAUCCGGAUUUCGACAUACCGAGCGAGUGGAAAUUUACCGCGGGACUGACCUGGCUGGCGCCACAAGACUGGACCGUAACAGCCGAUGUGCAAAUUACUCGCGGCAACGAUACGGCAAUCUACAAACGCGCCGAUCUGGAGCGAACUGGAACCACUGCGGCCGGCUACCCGAUCUACGAAAGUCAGCGUGAGGCCGCAUUCGUGCUCACUAACUCUAGUAAUGGUAAUGAAUCAGAGUCGAUCUCGUUUGGCGCCUUCAAAAGCUGGGAUAACGGCAUCGACCUGCGCAUGGGGUACGCGUGGACACAGGCGGAAGAUGUGAAUCCGAUGACGUCAUCAGUCGCGUUCUCUAACUACAUUAACCGUGCGUUCGUGGACCCGCAGGCCGACGAUCUGGCACCUUCAAACUGGGCUAUUGAGCACCGCCUGACGGCUGUAAUGAACUACUCCAAGGCAUUUUUCGGCGACUAUGAGACGCGGGUAUCGCUGUUCGGACAGUACAACUCCGGUAUUCCAUACAGCAUCACAUUGGACGGUGCUGGCGGCACCAUCGGUGCAUUCGGAUUUCAGCCGUUCCUGGAUUUUGAACAGAACGUGUUGCCCAUCGGUGGUUCGCGAAAUAGUGAAGAAGGUUCUUCGUUCAGCAAAAUCGAUUUCCGCAUCUCCCAGGAAGUGCCGGGCUUCACGCCUGAGCAUCGCGGCAGCGUUUUCUUCGUGAUCGACAACCUGACCAAUCUGUUGAAUGACGACUGGGGUGUGCUGGAGCAAGCUUCGUUCCCUUACGGCGUAACAGCGGAUCAGGUAGCGAACGGCCAGGCCGAACAGCGCAAUGGUCAAACAUCGCUGUGGACGAUGCGUUUCGGCUUACGCUACGAGUUCUAA